UUGUCCCAUGUUUGAGAGGGUUUUAGAGACUGUUUUAGAAAAAGUACUCGGAGAGUUUGUACAGGAUAUAAACAGCAAGGACCUUAAACUUGCUGUAUGGAGCGGGAAUGUCGUCCUCAAGAACUUACGACUCAAAGCUGAGGCAUUAGCUAAGUUUGACCUGCCAGUGUUUGUGUAUGCUGGACUGAUAGGGUCUCUGGAACUACAGGUGCCAUGGAAAGCACUGUGGACUGCUCCUACCAAAGUGGUUGUUGAGGACCUUGUUUUAUUAGUCGUUCCUAAAGAAGCUGCUCCUUACAAUGAAGAGAAGGCGAAGAAGGAAGAGAGAGCAAGAAAGAAGGCAAUGUUACAAGCAGUAGAGGAAGCUCAGACCCGCAUGUCUGAAACACAGGGAAAGGGACAGAAACAGACCUGGGCUGAGAGCCUCAUCACUGCUAUCAUCAAGAAUCUGGAGCUAAAUAUAAAGAACAUCCAUAUCCGGUACGAGGACCCGGACUCUGGUUACGCAGCUGGAGUUACACUGGAUCACUUGUACGCGACUACUACUGAUGAGAUGUGGUCACCUGCUGUUAUCAGUAAUCAGACAAUUCAGAGGAUAUUCAAGCUUGCGAAGAUAGAGAACUUCUGUGUAUACUGGAACAACCCCAGUUUGGAGUUGUUCAACCUCCCUCAGCACAAAAUAGAAGCAGAGUUGUUGAAACUCAUCGUCACCAAGGCGACCCCAAACUCUCAACAUAACUUCGUGAUCCACCCUAUGGGAUGUGAAGUGAAGAUGGUGAUAGAUCCCAGUAACAAGGUUGUUAUGGACGUUCCCAAAGCUACAGCCAGUGUUCACUUCUCCUCUCUCACAACCGAGGUGCGUAAGACGCAGUACCUUGAUACGAUGUCCCUGUUAGACUCGAUGGAGCGCGGAAAGAAGAAACAACCCUUCGCUAAGUGGCACCCUGGUACCCCUAUUAAGGGGAACGCUAGGAAAUGGUGGCAGUAUCUACACCGGUAUUGUGUAGAGACGAGAGUAAAGCGCAGGAUAAUCGCGUGGAGAUGGAGCAGUAUCAGGAGACACAGGGAAAUGUGCAGAGAGUACACUAACCUCAGAGUAAAAGAAAUGGUAGGUAAGCCUACACUGAACGAGUUAGCGAGGAUAACAGAGAUAUUUGACACACUUGAUAUCGUUAAUAUCACUAUUUGCGAACAGAGCGCUAAGUUGGAGGCAGAUAAGGUGCAGGCGAGUACGUCCUGGUUCGGCGGGUGGUGGGGAGGCGGUACUAGUAGAUCUACAACUAGUGUUGUGGACAAGUUCGGGAUGAGCACCGAGGAGAAGGAUACACUUUAUAGCGCUAUAGAACAAAGUGAAGCAGCAGCCUCCAGUCAGAUUUACCCUGAGAAAUAUGUGAAGUUCAGACUGAAGCUGGACGUGGAUAAAGUAUCGUUCAAACUGAAUGAUGAUAUCAGGGUUAUAACUGAGGCUGCAGUUAAAGGAAUAACGAGUGAAGUGGGUAUAAUACCUAACAAUAACGGUAUAGUGUUGUCCUACCAAAUACACACUGUGUACGUGCUAUCGGAUAAGGUGGACAUUCUCAUACCUUCAGAUUCUCAUGCUAUUGUGAUUCUUGUCUGCUAG